UUUAUGAACUAAUGAAGAAGACUUUUCAUUUACAACAAGAUGGUCGGCCUCUAGCAGAAUAUUACAACGAAUUAAACUCAACAUUUAUGGAGCUCGACUAUCGACGGCCCAAUGACAUGACAUGUGCUGCUGAUAUUGAAAAAUAUAGAAAUCGUAUUGCCGAAGAUCGAAUUUAUAUUUUUCUUGCUGGGCUUGAUAAUAAGUUAGAUCAAGUUCGCAGCCGUGUUCUAGGUACUUCUCCUUUACCAAGGUUAGAAGAAGUCUACUCCAUGGUUCGUAGAGAACUACAAAGACAAGUUGCCAUGGGAGCAGAAUCACACUUUGAGGCUUCAGCUCUAACUGUUCAAAAGAGCACUCCUAUUGCCAUUAAUGGAAAUUCUACAGCCUCUCAGUCUCGAUUUUGCACCUACUGCAAUAAGAAUACACAUACAAUUGAUGCUUGUUGGAAGAAGCAUGGCUAUCCAGAAUGGUAUAAACUUAAGCAAGCUGAGAGAAAAAAUAAAAAAUUUGUUCGUAAUACUGUUGCUCAAAAUGUUGCUGCCAUAGACACAACUCCAUUUUCUGUUUCUCAUGUGUCUCGGGCAUCUUCUCAAGAAGGACAAUCUUACGAAGAUGACGAUUGGCAUUGGUAAGGAGAGGGAUGGUUUAUAUUAUUGGGAAGACAAUCGAGGCAUAACAAUAUCUACUCGAGGUUUUCAAACAAAAAGUGGGACAUCAGACAUAGAAAGAAUAAUCCUUUGGCAUCG